AUGGAAGACAGCAACUGCGGUUUUUGCCGCGCCAGCGUCGCAGGCCGACGUUUGAUCGACGCUAAGUUAAUUAUCAUUGAUGAAGCGUACAUGCGUGAAUGGUUAGCGCUUAUGGCUAUGAACCGCAUUCUUAGGGACUUAACUGAAGUCCGUCACCGGCCAUUCGGUGGUAAAAUACUUUUGCUCGGCGGUGACUUCCGACAAUGCGCGCCUGUAAUUCCUAACGCUCCUGCUGGCUCAAACAUCGCCGAGUCCAUUCGCAGUAGCAAUCUUUGGUCGGAGUUCAAACUUCUUCCCCUCACGCAGAACAUGCGUGUCGGACCUGGAGAACAAGAUUUUGCCGAGUGCCUGCUCACUAUCGGCAGUGGUCCCGUUAACGUUCCAGACACUGACAUCAUGAGCAUUCCUGACGACAUACUGUUUCACGGAUCGCCUCAGGACCUCAUUCAACGGGUGUAUGAAAAUAACCUUGCUCAGCCGAACCCCAAUCACGCCUUACUCUGCUCUCGCAACGAUCACUGCGACUACAUCAAUAAUCUAAUACUAGAUUCACUUGAAGGAGAUCAACGCGUUUACUUCUCCGAGGAUAAACUAAUAGACCCAUCGGCCGAAGCAAUUGCAGACUAUUCGCCCGAACUCCUGAACCACGUCGAAGUGGCUGGCCUGCCUCCGCAUCAACUUCGCCUCCGUGUCGGUGCUAUCGUCAUACUUAUACGCAAUAUGUCACCAGUAGAUGGAUUGGUAAACGGGACUCGCCUACGCAUAACAUCUCUUGGUAAUCGCACUUUCCGGGCGAAGAUAAUCACCGGCACUCAUAUUGGUCAAGAUGCAAUAAUUCCCCGUGUAAAACUAAUUCCAAGCGACAGCACCUUGGGUGUCGCCUUCAGCCGUGACCAGUUCCCGGUUAAAGUAGCCUUUGCGAUGACAAUAAAUAAGUCCCAAGGCCAGACACUUCAGCGUGUCGGCAUCUACCUCAAGGACUCUGUCUUCGAUCACGGUCAGUUAUACGUUGCCAUGAGCCGUGAAACUUCACGCGUACAGCUUCGUAUCCUUAUCGGCCAGUCAGUUUAUUCAACUCAUCCUAAAUCAUCGCAUACCAAAAAUAUUGUCUACAACCAAUAA